UAGUAGCAGCCCUACUUGUAGCUGGCCUAGGUCCGCCUUGUACGUGUACUAGAGCCAGUAGAGGGCCCAACCGCUACCUGCCUGCUCGUAGUGACACGAUAGACGACUCAUCGUGAUUGUGACAGUGCGAUGCAUAGUCGUUGAUUUUUGAAUGGCCUGAAAUAUUACUUCCUCUCGAGAUCGCCACUUCAGACUCCAGGCAGUGGUAGCAGCAGUAGCAGCAUGGAGGAUUGGGUCUUGUCGUGUCGUGUGUCGCAAACAAAAUUACGGCAGGAUAAACCUGUGACGAUCGGACGAGAAGGAUGCGACAUUCCCAUCAAGACUGGAGUGGAGCCAAAGCAUGCUGCAGUGUAUUACAACCUGGCUGACAAGACAUUCUACUUGAAGGAUCUUGCAGGCACAACUGGUGAUGGAGUAUUUGUGAAUGGCAUCAAAGUGGAAGAUUCUGCAGCUCUAAGCCUCAAUGACAGGCUGCGCUUUGGCUACAGCCACACAACAUACACCAUCGAGUUGGCACCAUCUGCUUUCAACACCGUCCAACUGCAGCUGGAGAACUUACGAGCGCCUGAUCUAAACCAGUCACACGGUCACAUCAAUGCAUCAAGCCCCGUUCCGGCAGCGUCUUCCCCGCUCAGUUCUGCUCAAAGUACUCACACUUCUCUAACCGAGACUGUGAAGAGAUCGCUGUCCUCCACACCAGUACCGCCGUACGCCGCAUCGGUUCUCUCGCAGGCCAGCAGUACACCAGUGCAGCUCACUUCCGCCGUACAGAGAUACACUGCAGCUGAGGCGAAUUCCCCACAGCCAAUGACUGACACAUCGGUGUUGCUGACUGACAGGAAUGAACUCAGCUCAAUCCCAGUGACCAGCAGUAAAGAAAGCCAUCAAAACGGUGCCUCUGCAAAUAGUUGCAGUGCAUUGUAUGGCGUGCCAGAUUGGUGGGGACAGGGAGAGAGCAACGUGGCAGAAAUCCACAGCGUUCAACGAAAGCCGGUACAUGUCGCCAGCGGUGGUGACACCUCUUCCAGCAGCCAGUCCCGUCAUCGGUCUGUUCGUGGCCGGUCCAACACGAUAUCUGCGGACAAGGCCGAGACAAGCAAGCACUCCUCUACUCUGAAACUUCCUGCACGUGCUGGCAGUUGUCGCCGCUCAGCAACCCCUGAUGCACCGGCAAAGAGAGCUAGCGGCAAUGAUCUUUCUUCAGCAUCAAUGAGGCGCACAAGCAGCCUCAGGUUGUCCAAGGAGGACAGGCCGAAUCCGCAAAACCUGAAACACAAACGUGCAGAAUCUACCGAUGUAGAGGCGUCUAAGACUGUCAAGGUGCCAUCCACUGAAAAGUCUGCAGCCAAGCGGCAAGCCAGUCCCGCACCACUCCGUGAGAACGCCACAGUAGCAUUGCGGCGGGCAGCCAGCGCCAAGAAAGCGGCCGCCAGGGAUGCUGAAGUUGCUGCGGCGGCUGCAGCACAAGAGCGGCGUACAUCUGGAACACGAGCAUCGCGCAAGUCACGGGCCACGUCGGUCCGGGCAACCUCGGAUGCCAGCAGCACAGCCAGCCAGUCCUACUCACCCAAACCAGCACGCUUACCAUCACCCAUGGAGGACACACACAAAGCUGGUAAUGGCAGCAAAGGAGUGGACUCUGCAAACAAACAGAAGGUGCCAAGCCGCUCUGCUUCGAUCAAGCUGCCAUCCUCAAACUCUUCGUUGCCUGCCAGUUCAUCACCCAGCACCAGGGUGAAGUCACAGGCAGAAAAGCGCUCUCCGCGUCACCCUCUGCGUGCCGUACCUCUACAGUCGUCUUCUUCAUCUUCACUGUCCUCCUCCUCGCCAUCACCAGCAACAAAGCGACACAGUGCAGAGCUGGCCCCAGCACCCGCAGCUGCAGCGGUUAAGCCACGUGCACGGUCUCCAUGGAGAUCGAUAAGAGAUCAAGCACGUAAGAACAUCAACACUCAGGCAAGCGCCACAGCUGACUCGGCGGAUAUCAUAUUCAUGACCUCGCCGGCAGCAGCAGAGCAUGGUCCAGCAUCAACAUCACACGGCGAACAAAUCGAGGAUAAAGGUGCUGCUGCUGCUGUGACCACUCAGUCAGAAUCAUUGCAGAGUGAUGUGCCAGACAAUGAUACAGCCAUGCAAGGCAACGGCAGUGAUGUUUGGCAAACCGGCUCAGAUCAAGACUCGUUGGCCAGCAAUGCAGCCGUCGGUAGCGGUUCAGCCGGUGACCUGCAGCUAUCCGUGUCUGAACUCAGCCUAUCGGCAGUCAGCUCCAAUACAUCCGUGGAGUCCGCAAGCCUGGAUCCUUCCCCUACCAGUGAAGCAAUUGAGGAGCCUGCUGCAUCCAUUCAGGUAGCUCCAGCAGCAGCAGCAGCAGCAUCUCAGCUACCGCCUCCAAACAGAAAGCUGGCCUUUUUGACCGAGGUGGAUGAUGAUGUUGAUGGCGGGGUUUGUACAGUCUGCAGUGGCAUGCCGCAGUCUACCUGCACAUGUAGUGGGGGUGCUGCUAGCCGAGAUCAAGCACUGCUGCCAGUACAGCAACAUGCCAGAAGUUCACCGCAUCAGCCUGCAGGUGCUGUUGACGGACCGGCACCAUGUCUGGCAGAGAACGAACUUCUAGGAGUGGAUACGGUGUCCGAUUUGGCUAGUGAAGACUCGUCAGCAUUGGUCAGCUUGGCACCGUCACGUCGACAGUGGAACAAGAUGGAGAAAAUGGAUGGUCUCAUUGUGUCGUCGCUGCUAGUGCUGUCCGAUCGGCUGCAGGAUGCAUCAGUGGAUAUGUGUGCACAUGCAAGGGAGGUGAGGGAUUGGCAAAGGCAGCAGGAUCAUGGAUCAGACUCCCGAAUGACGCCCAUCAACGGGGACGCGCAGUCGGAUCGAAUAGAUCAGAUAUUCAACGGUGUAUCUCCGUUCCCCGACAGUACCCUGUAUCCACCGUGGGGCGCUGAACACCAGGUUUGAGUUAUACCCAAGAGUCUGCUGUGUCUGAGUCAUGUGUUGCCGCGUGACGAAUACUUGCCAUGAUAGUCAUUAGUCGGAUGCCUACCUGCUCAAUGUUGUUAUUGCAGGCUAAUUGUUGAUCUGUGUGUUGCAAGGCACAUGCGCGAUUGAUUAUGUGUAUGGGCCGGAUGACUAGCCCCAUGUGUGCCGUCACAUGAUGGCAGAUGAUUAUAUUCCUACAUAGAUAACCGUCCACAUAGCCAUGGACAUGCUGAGCCUCGGUGUCGGGUGGUGUUCGGCUGGUGGAAUUUCCUGCAAAUUUCUCCUUUGCGUGGAAUUGAUGGCUAAGCAGUCAAGUCUUAUCUUGAGGAUUAUCUUCAUAACCCUUACUGCUUUCUGAGCUGUUACCAUGUGUAGCCUUGAUGAUCCAAUGGUUGGAGGGGGAGAGAGCC